AUGUUUCGUGCAUCCAUCCUUUCAAGGCAAUUUCAUACGAGCCGUUCAGUAUGGAGAACUGGUCCAUUGACACCACUCACGAGCGAAAAACUAUCGAGCUUACGACGCAGCAACAAGUUCAAGCAGCUUGAACAACGCGACAUUGACUUUUUCCGAUCGGUGCUUCCUGCCAACAAUGUCAUUCACGAUGCUGAAAGCGAUCCGGCAAAGUCUACCAUGACGCCCUACAAUGCCGACUUUUUCAACUUGCACCGAGGAGCGUCGUCAUUAUGUCUUUUCCCCACGGCCACGGAGCAAGUAUCUGAAAUCCUAAAGUAUUGCAACAAGGAAAUGCUUGCCGUUGUACCCCAAGGCGGUAACACUGGUGUGAGUGGUGGUGCCAAUCCAGUCUUUGACGAGAUCAUCAUCAACACGUCCAAAAUGAAUCAAAUUCGAUCCUUCAAUGAUAUCUCGGGUGUUGCAGUGGUGGAUGCUGGUGUCAUUCUCGAAAGCCUCGACAAUUUCUUGGAGCCGCAUGGCUAUACAGUACCACUGGAUCUCGGGGCUAAGGGAUCUUGUCAGCUGGGUGGUAACGUGAGCACGAAUGCUGGAGGUCUCCGCUUGAUGCGAUUUGGUAACUUGCAUGGCAACGUGCUUGGUCUGGAAGUGGUUUUGCCCGAUGGCACAAUCUUGGAUAACCUAUCGACAUUGCGAAAGGACAACACCGGCUAUGAUUUAAAACAGCUUUUUAUCGGUGCGGAAGGAACACUUGGUUUGGUCACAGGCGUGUCUCUUUUAACACCUAGACGGCCCAAAUCUGUCAAUUUGGCUAUGCUUGCAUUGGAUUCUUUUGAUGAUAUCCAGAAAGCGUUUGUGAUGGCAAAGGAGGAUUUAUCCGAGAUCUUGUCAGCAUUUGAAUUUUGGGAUGAUGCAUCCAUGAAUCUCGUCAAGAAGGUCACAUUGCCAGAUGCCACGUAUCCAAUUGAAGCCAAAUCUAAAUUUUACGCAUUACUGGAAACACAAGGAAGUCGCCAGGAACAUGAUCAGGAGAAAUUGGAUGCCUACCUCUCACGAGUCAUGGAGGCGGAUGUUGCCCAUGAUGGUGUCAUUGCUCAGGAUGCUAAGCAGAUCCAAGCACUCUGGCAAUGGCGAGAAACCAUCCCUGAAGCUAUCGUAAAAUCUGGUACUGCAAUGACAUACGAUGUAUCUAUGGACGUCAAACUGCUAUACAAGAUGGUGGAAGAUGCAAAGAAGCAUUACAAUGAUCGUGGACUAUUGGGUGAUGGAAACGUGUAUUACAACUUCCUUGGAUUUGGUCAUGUUGGAGACGGAAACCUUCAUAUUAUGGCAAACAUCAAGGGAUUUGAUUACAAGGUGCAGAAGGAUAUGGAUCGAUUUGUAUACGAUUGGGCUAUCAAACACAAAGGAUCCAUUACAGCUGAGCAUGGUGUUGGUGUGGCCAAGGUUGGAUAUAUGGAGGAAUGCAAGAGCGAACCACAAUUACGUUUGAUGCGAGCUAUCAAGCAUGCGCUGGAUCCGCGUGGUAUUAUGAAUCCUUACAAGGUUGUUCCUGGUGUCUUAGAAGACGUAUAG